GAAAAUCUUAACUUUAGCCAGCAAGAGGAAUUUUGGGAAAAAAGCAAAUUGAUAGAAAAUGCUUGCUAUGACUUAGCAAAAGAGAAAGGAAUUGAUAUUCCCCAACAAGACGAUAAAGAAGAUUUAAAUAACAAAAAAAAGCAAUUAGCCGACUUAGAGAAAAAAAAUAAACCUCAAUUAGAAUCCAAACAGCCGACUAAUUAUACUCCCUGA